ACAUCAUCAGUCUUGCUUUGGUCGAUCCAAACCAACUAAAUCCACUCAAGAAUGGCGUUCAAGUUCGUCGCUUUCGCCGCCCUCGUGGCCGCCGCCAACGCCGGUGUUCUCGCGCCUGCAGCCUCCCUGGCCUACGCCGCGGCUCCCACGGUCGUCGCCGCCCCCGUCGCCAAGGCUGUGGUAGCUAAGGCCGUCGACGCCGACUACGACCCGCAUCCACAGUACAGCUACGCCUACGACGUGCACGACAGCCUGACCGGCGACGCCAAGAGCCAGCAUGAGACCCGCGACGGCGACCUCGUUCAGGGUAGCUACUCCCUCUUGGAGGCCGAUGGCACCAGGCGCACCGUCGACUACACCGCUGACCCAGUCAACGGAUUCAACGCCGUAGUCCGCAAGGAACCCGUCGGCGUUGCCGUCAAGGCCGUCGCCCCCAUCGCACACGCCGCACCCCUCGCCUACGCCGCUCCGAUCGCCAAGAUCGCCACCCCUGUGGCCCAUGCCGCACCCAUUGCUCAUGCUCCCCUCGCCUACGCCGGCUACGCCGGUUACGCCGGUUACGCCGCGCCGCUCGCCAAGGUCGCCGCGCCCGCCAUCUCCUACGCCGCUCCCGUCGCCAAGCUGGCCGCCCCAGUCGCGGCUGCUCCCCUCGCCUACGCUGGCUACGCUGCCCCCGUCGCCAAGCUGGCCACUCCGCUCGCAGCCCCCCUCACCUAUACCGCUCCCGUAGCUAAAAUCGCUGCCCCCGCCGUAGCCCAUGUCGCGCACGCUGCACCCCUUGCCUACGCCGCGCACGCCACUCCCCUUGCGUACACCGCUCAUGCAGCCCCCUUAGCGUACGCCGCGCACGCAGCCCCCCUCGCUAAGAUCGCCGCGCCCGCCAUCUCCUACGCCGCCCCAGCUGCAUCCCUCUCCUACGCCGCCCCAGCUGCAUCCCUCUCCUACGCCGCCCCAGCUGCAUCCCUCUCCUAUGCCGCCCCCGCUGCAUCCCUCUCCUAUGCCGCCCCCGCUGCAUCCCUCUCCUAUGCCGCCCCCGCUACCUACAUCCACUAAUCAUGUUGAUCGCGUCAACCUACAUUGUCGACUCAGGCCGAACUUAUUUAUUUUUAUAUCAUGUAUAUGUUCUUUCUAUGUGACUGAUUAAAGAAAUUACACACGUA